GUCGUCUGUCGUAAUAAAAAUUCACAGCACCCAGCUGAGUGUUGCGAAGAGUGGCCUGUGUAUUGAAUUUGUUAUUAUAAUUUGAAUUCAAUGUUAUGUCUGGUGAUUAAAUAAUCAGUGCAGUGAACCAAAAGCUAAACGUUUGUGGAAGAAAGGACCAAUGCGAGUGAUAGUUGAAAGGUGGAUGCUGAAGGCAUCUGUCAAUUACAAUAACAAAGCUUUUCUUCUCCAGGGUUUUGACUGUGUAUUGUGAAUAAUAACAUAAGAUCUCUGGACUGAAAUAGCCAGUAGAAGCCAGCUUCUAUAACGUAUUUGCAGUGAAGUGUUUUAAAGUGAACAUUUAAAAUGGGAAACUAUUAAACCUUGCCCUCUAUUAUUAGUUUGCUGACGAAUAAAUAGCGUGUGGAGUGAUAUUAUUCAUACAUUUUGAAAAAUUUUAAAACUCGAAAAUGUCGAGAGUGUCACUGAGUAACAUUCCAUCGAACCCACGAAUAAACCGAUUACGCACAUUUUCCAGAACGGAAAGCGAAACGUCAUGCGAGGAAGCGGCAAGACUGACGGCGGAGGGUGCAGCCGAAGCUGAUGAUGAUGAGGCUUACGACUACGGGGAGCUGCCCCCGCCGCCCGACGGAGGCUACGGCUGGGUGGUGGUGUUCGCCUCGUUCAUGUGCAACCUGGUGGUGGACGGCAUAGCGUACACCUUCGGCAUCUUCCUGCCAGAGCUGGUGACAUACUUCGGCGAGGGGAAGGGCACGGUAGCAUGGGUCGGCAGCCUGCUGUCCGGAGUGUAUUUGGCCGCUGGUCCGGUGGUAUCAGCGCUAUGCAACAAGUACGGUUGCCGCGCGGUGUGUAUAGCGGGCUCGCUGGUGGCCACCACCGGCUUCGUCCUGUCCACCUUAAGCAAGAGUGUUACCAUGAUGAUGGUGACCUACGGUCUUAUUGGAGGUAUCGGCUUCGGUAUGAUCUACCUGCCGUCAGUCGUAGCUGUUGGAUACUACUUCGAGACGCGGAGAUCCCUGGCCACGGGCAUCGCAGUAUGUGGCUCUGGAGUCGGCACCUUCAGUUUCGCGCCCCUGGCUGCGAUCCUUCUCGAACAGUUCGGAUCGUGGCAGAACGCGAACCUGCUGCUCGCUGGCCUCAUCCUCAACUGCGCGAUAUUCGGAGCUCUUAUGAGGCCGUUGGUGUACCCAAAAAACUCCGGCGAGAAGCCCCUUCUGCAGCGCAUGGCUGAGGAGAAACGGCUACAGAUGGAGCGCGGUUCCAUCGGCGGGUCAUACUUCGUGGUGCAGCUGCCAGACGGCACUAUGGAGAAACGGAUGAAGGCGCCGCUUAACAUCGACCCAGGUGUCCACUCCUCCCUCAACCUGGAGGCUCUGGCGCGCGUGCCCACGGUGCCCAACAUGCACGGCGUGCCCACCGUGCCUACGUUGCCCACUAUUACUGAAGCCAGAGUGCCUGAUGAUGAUAAGAAGAAAAUCGCUGAGAACGGCAACGGCGCGGCCACACAGAUGUCGCGCAACGUGUCGUCGCCGGCGUUCAGCGCGCAGGCGCCGGGCCUGCCCAAAAACGGCUCCGUGCCGUUCUUCGACAGACAAAGGAAACAGAGUACUGGCGAUAGAUUUAAACCGUCCUUAGCAGCAAUAAAAGCAACGUCCAAAACUUCUAUGAGUAGUCAAUAUCGAAACGAUGACGCAGAAAGCGGCGUCUACAACUCUAAGCUGUCUGUGGCGGCGCCGCGCGAACCGUCGCGGAUGGUUCGGCCGAUGUCGCGCAAGGACAUCUUCUAUUCCGGCUCCGUGCUCAAUCUCCCGCAGUACCAGAGCCAGAAGUCGCUCCAAGGUUACAGGAACUCCGUACUCAGCUUGCCGCAGAGCAGACAGACGGGAGAUCUGGAGAGGCAAGAACAAUACUCCCUAUGUCCGUGCCUGUCACUGCCCGCGUCAUUCCGGUCGGCGCUGGCUUCGAUGCUGGACGUGAGCCUGCUGCGCGACCCCGCCUUCAUGCUGAUGGGCGUGUCCAACGUGUUCGGCAUGGCGGGCCUGUACGUGCCCUUCGUAUAUAUCGUCGACGCCGCGCACACCGCAGGUGUGGAACAGUCUCAAGCAUCGUUCCUGUUGUCUAUCAUCGGUAUAACGAACACUGUGGGCCGUAUCAUGUGCGGAUGGGUGGCUGACUUCCCCUGGAUGGACUCGUUACUGCUCAACAAUGUGUGCCUAAUUAUUGCCACGGUAGCGGUUGGUUUGAUUCCCUUCUGCUCUUCGUAUGGCGCAUUCGUAGCGGUUGCUAUGGCGUUCGGUCUGGCUAUAUCGGGCUACAUCUCUCUCACGUCGAUCAUCCUCGUCGACUUACUGGGGUUGGACAAACUGACGAACGCGUUUGGUCUGCUCAUCCUGUUCCGUGGUGCGGCCGCUAUCGUCGGAUCGCCUUUAGCGGGCGCGGUGUACGACGCGACUAAGUCGUACGACGCGUCGUUUUACAUGGCGUCCGCGUUCUUCCUAGUGGCCACGCUGACGUCGUUCGCCUCGCCUUUGCUCCGAAGGAAAGUCGAAGAAGUCCAGCAACCGAUGGACGUGUUGACCCCCAUAGACGAGGACCUCGAAGAGGGCGAAGAGGACCCCGACGACACGCCCAUCACGAUGGGGGCGCGCCCCACCCCCUCGAUAGUGCGCACCGCCCCCUCGCCCUCCGACCCGCCCUCGCCCGCAUCCCCCGCCUCGCCGCAGGAGCUGUCGCAGAGAGAGAGCGUGCUAUGAGACCGAUAAAAUUGUUAAAGAGGUCAUUGGCAGCUUUCGUGUUUGGAUAGAAGUUGAUACAUAGGCAGGUGACGGAUCAUUUGAUCAGGAAUUGUUAAAAAGGUCAACGGUAGCUUUCGUGUUUGAAUAAUAAAGUUAAUAUACCUAGCGGAAUAGAGAAACAAAUUGAGAUGUCAC